UCGUGACCCAGAGCAAGGUUUGCGUCUCUGAUUUCCGUCCGCAUUGAGCCGACACGCAGCACAAAACCAUUCAACGCCGUUCACAGUGCUCACCGUGUAAAGCCCAGAUUGUUACGGAUUCAGCUUGCUUGGAGUCAAUAAAAAGGGACGAUGAAAUAAAACCAUCAGAAAGAUGUGUGUGUCCCACAUGCGGGGAGAAGGGAGCAAACCUAAAGUGGAAAAUAGGUACCCAGUAGAUCUGUCGCUAUAAUGGAUGAGCAAGCUCUUUUGGGGCUGAACGCAAAUGCAGAUGCCAGCUAUAGACAGAGGGCCUCGGCUUAUUUUGAACAGCUGAAACAGUCUCAAGAUGCUUGGCAGGUGUGUGCCGAGGCCUUAGCCAAAGGGAUUUACAGCGAUGACCACGUGAAGUUCUUCUGUUUUCAAGUGCUGGAACAUCAGAUCAAGUUCAGAUAUGCUGUCCUUAGCGCUGCACAGCAUCAGCUUAUUAGAGAAACCCUAGUGAAAUGGCUACAGUCCCAGCUCAUAAACGCCCAGCCUGAAAAGGUCUUCAUCCGCAACAAGGCCGCCCAGGUGUUUGCCCUGAUGUUUGUGACGGAGUAUCUCACCAAGUGGCCCAAGUUCUUCUUUGACAUCCUCACGGUUGUGGGCCUGAACCCUCGGGGGCUGGACUUGUACCUGAGGAUGCUAAUGGCGAUCGACGAGGAAGUAGUGGACAGAGAUAUUGCUCAUACUCCCGAGGAGACCCGCAGAAACACUCUUAUUAAAGACACCAUGAGGGAGCAGUGCAUUCCCAACCUGGUGGAGUCAUGGUUCCAGAUCCUGCAGACAUAUCAGCACACUAACUCUGAGCUGACCUGCCAGUGCCUGGAAGUAGUUGGUGCUUACGUUUCAUGGAUAGACCUCAGCCUCAUUGCCAAUGACAGGUUUGUGAACAUGCUGCUGGGCCAUAUGUCAGUGGAGGUGCUUCGAGAGGAGGCCUGCGACUGUCUGUUUGAGAUAGUCAAUAAGGGCAUGGACCCUGUUGACAAGACCAAGCUGGUGGAAUCUCUCUGUCAAGUUCUUCAGUCAGCUGGCUUCUUCAAUAUUGAACAAGAGGAAGACGUGGACUUUUUGGCCAAAUUCUCCAAACUGGUCAAUGGAAUGGGGCAGUCACUUAUUGUUAGCUGGACGAAGCUUGUGAAAACCGGAGACAUAAAGAACGCCCAGGACACCCUCCAAGCCUUGGAGGCCAAGUUUCCCCUGAUGCUGCAGUUACUCAUUCACGAAGACGAUGACAUCUCCUCCAACAUUGUGGGUUUCUGUUACGACUACCUGCACAUUUUGAAACAGCUACCACUUCUGACAGACCAGCAGAAAGCCAGUGUUGAGGCUAUCAUGCUUGCUGUCAUGAAGAAACUGACCUAUGAUGAUGAAUAUAAUUUUGAAAAUGAGGGGGAAGACGAGGCAAUGUUUGUGGAGUACAGGAAGCAGCUGAAACUGCUGCUGGACAGACUGGCCCAGGUGUCGCCUGAGCUGCUUCUCGAGGCUGUCCGGCGAGUCUUCAACACUACGAUGCAGAGCUGGCAAGGCACCCCUUUCAUGGAAGUGGAGGUGGCCAUACGGCUGCUGUAUAUGUUGGGGGAGGCCCUGCCUGCCUCCCAUGGUGCACACUUCUCCGGCGACGUUGCGAAAGCCAGUGCAUUGCAGGACAUGAUGAGAACGCUUGUCACGUGUGGAGUAAGUGAAUACCAGCACACUUCUGUGACGCUGGAAUUCUUCGAAACGGUGGUGCGCUAUGACAAGUUUUUCACCGUGGAACCCCAGCACAUUCCAAACGUAUUGAUGGCGUUUUUAGACCAUCGAGGCUUGAGGCACAGCAGCCCCAAAGUGAGAAGCAGGGUGUCCUAUCUCUUCUCCAGAUAUGUGAAGUCUCUGAACAAGCAUAUGAAUGCCUUUAUUGAGGACAUCUUAAAUAGGAUGCAAGACCUCUUGGAACUCUCUCCCCCUGAGAAUGGCUUCCAGGCAUUACUGACCAGCGAUGACCAGCUGUUCAUCUUUGAGGCAGCAGGGGUGCUGAUUGUGAACAGCGAAUACCCAGCUGAGCGCAAGCAGGUGUUGAUGAAGAACCUGUUGACCCCACUGAUGGAGAAAUUCAAAAUCCUGCUGGAGAAGCUGCUGAUGGAGCAAGAGAAUGAGGAGAGGCAAGCAGCCCUGGCAGACUGUUUGAACCACGCAGUGGGUUUUGCCAGCCGGACCAGCAAGGCCUUCAGCAACAAGCAGACGGUGAAGCAGUGUGGCUGCUCGGAGGUGUACCGCGAGUGUCUGCAGACCUUCGUGCCGGUGCUCAGCUGCCCCGUGCAGAAAGAGGUGCUGCGCGGCGGGGUCCGCACCUUCCUGCACAGGAUGAUCAUCUGCCUGGAGGAGGAGGUGCUGCCUUUCAUCCCCACGGCCUCCGAGCACAUGCUCAAAGACUGCGAGGCCAAGGACCUCCAGGAGUUCAUCCCGCUCAUCAACCAGAUCACCGCCAAGUUCAAGGCGCAGGUUUCCCCGUUCCUGCAGCAGGUGUUCAUGCCCCUCGUCCAGGCGAUAUUCGAGGUGCUGGCUCGGCCGGCCGAGGAGAACGACCAGACGGCCGCUAUGGAGAAGCAGAUGCUGAGGAGGAGCUACUUCGCCUUCAUACAGACGAUUGCCAGCUGCGGGAUGAACGAGGUCAUGGGGAACCAGGGAGCUGAAAACAUCGAGCGCGUCCUGUUCACCAUCAUUCAAGGAGCAGUGGACUUCCCGGACCCCGUUGCGCAGAAAACCUGCUUCGUCAUCUUGUCGAAGCUGGUGGAGCUUUGGGGAGGGAAGGAUGGGUUGGUGGGAUUCGUGGAUUUCAUCUACAAGCACAUUGUUCCUGCGUGCUUCCUGGCACCGAUGAAGCCAACCUUCGAUCUGUCCGACGCGCAAACCGUUUUGGCUUUGUCAGAAUGUGCUUUGACACUGAAAAUGAUUCAUCUCAAAAGGGGACCAGAAUUUAUUCAGUAUCUACAGCAAGAAUAUCUCCCUUCACUACAAGUAGCCCCUGAGAUCAUACAGGAAUUUUGUCAAGUGCUUCAACAGACUGAUUCGAAAGUGUUUAAGAAUUAUGUAAAGGUGUUCUUUCAACGGGCCAGACUUUAAAGUGGAGGCUUACAGAGUGAGACCCAGAGAAUCGCUGAAGGGAGGGAAAGAAUGGGUUAACGGUGCCAUGUUAAAAACCGGAGUCUUAGCAUAGGAGCUGCUUCUGCACUUAACCGUUUGCAUAAUUAAACCCAGCCUUUCUGUCUGAAGUGGAACCGGUGCAGACAAGGCAAGACUGCACUGGGCAGGCUGCUGUCCCUUAUAGGCCGAGGCCUGCUUGACCCCCCCGCUGUCACAGCAACAGAGUCGACAGGCCUGGUAUUAAAUUCCAUUUACCUCAUGAGAAUGGAACUGUAAAAACUAUUAACGAUACUAAAAGAAGAAAAAACAUCCAAUGGUUAAGUCAAGUAACUUAAUCCAAAUCAAAGCAUAUACAUAUAAAAAGAACAUUUGAACAUUUAAAGGUUCAUUUUAUGUUUAAGACUGAUGAAUAUUAAAUGAAAUUAAUAGAUUGGCUUAAGCUAAGACUUUAGACCUCUUGAAAUUGUUUUGCAGGCGUGUACAUUAUAAGGGAAGGAGAAAGAGGUCUACUUUAUUUUUUUUAUAAGAUAACUUGAUUUUAUGUACUGAAAUGGACACUUUUUGUUAAAGAGUUUAGUAAUGAUAAAUUAAGCUAUAACUGCUUAUAGCUGUGGCUUAUUGUGUGUUGCCUUACAUGUGUAACUGUUGUGUUGUCCGCCCAGUAACGUGCAUGUCCUGAUCACAGUGCAUAUUGUCAGGUGACACUGAGAAAUGAACUUAUCCUUUUCUGAAACCUUAGGUAAUUACUGGUAAAUUAUCUGAAUUUAUUUUGGCUGAAUAAACCAAUAGAGACUUGUCUGUGGCA